AUGUUUCACCUCCAAUCCUUAAUUCGUGCCGACUACCGCAAGUCGCUCUUCACGUCGCGAUCCGCUCUUGUCGAGAACACUAAUGCUUCGCUCAACGCGUCUGACCUCCCGUCCAGCCUCUCGUCUUGGAAUAGCAAGGCGUCGCCUACCGUCGCACUCUCCAGCGCAUGUGCGCGCCCCCAUUGCGAACCUAGCACCAAUAUCAUUCCUUUUCCUACCAAUAGCCACCCCGAUCCUUCCAUCUCGUCUGCUCUACCGCUAGACUAUGAGUCUUUAUCGCGACCGAAACGGGCACUCCCGCUCGACGCGCCCAGGCAACGAUGCCAGACGCCACCGUCCCACUCCCUCGCACCGCGCCGCAAAGCUCUGCCUCUUCCUGGUGUCAUACGCCAACGCAGCGCCAGCCAGUCGAGCGCGACCGGAGUUGUGCGCAGCCAGAAACGGCUCAAGCGUGGAAAGCGUGUCACUGCCGAGCUAAUGUUCACUGCUGCCGUCCAUCGUAGCAUCGUCUGUCGGAUGAAGCGUGCCAGAGAGCUCAACGGGUCCUGCGAGCAGAAUACAGAUGUGGAGAUGAAGAGUAUGGGAGCCAAAGAUGACGGCUCGUUAAUACUGAACGCACAGGAGGAAUUGCUCGUCGCUCGACUCUGGCAGCGGCUGGUGGACCAAGGAUGUAGCCCGGUUUUAUUGGACGACAGGACUGUGGGCGUGCCUGAUCGACCGAGGACUUCGAAUUCUGUGGGUGUUGUUGAAGACCUUUCGAUGGAUAUCACUCCCAGUCACCGGAUGGAGUCAUUGCUCCCGACGGGUAUCUCAGCUCUUAUUCACUCCCCCGCAGUCCUUCCGCCGCCUCCUACAAUAUCACCGCCGCCUCCUCCCGAAGCAUCUGUUGCCAUAUCUUCUCCUUUCAGCAUUGUGUCUUUGCCACCGCCCGUGCCACGACGCCAUGCUCCCAUUCCCUCCUCCGCACGAUCGAUAUCGGUCGCGCCAGACGCAUUGACUGUAUACACCAUGCCACAGCUCGUGGCAACGCUUACGAUACGUUACCGUGAUCGCAAAGCCGUCAAAGCACGAGCGUCUCUCCCGCAGACAAAGAAGCUCAGUCGGACGAAGAGCGCGUUGGCCACAGGACGCGUCGUUGUCGCUGAGGCUGCGGUUGGUUCUCGACUUCAUGUUUAA